UCAUCCCUCCUUCCCUCCCUCAGUCCGCUGCCUCGUCUCUCCAUCCCCCGGCACACAAGUCAGCCUGCAGCCGGCAUGGCCUCCGUUACCUUUAAAACUCACCGCCUGGAGCUGCUGGCUGCCUAUCACGAUGUUAUCGAGGAGCAGAGCGCCACAGACUGGGCUCUCUAUACAUAUGAGGACGGCACAGAUACCCUCACGUUGUCCGCAUCAGGAGGUGGGGGUUUGCCUGACCUCGCCAGCCAUUUUGAGAACCAGAAAGUGAUGUAUGGUUUCUGCAGCGUGAAGGAACCCCAUGCCAUGCUAGCUAGAUAUGUGCUUAUAAACUGGGUGGGAGAAGAUGUCCCUGAUGCUAGGAAGUGUGCAUGCGCUAGCCAUGUAGCACAGGUUGCAGAUUUUUUUCAGGGCGUGGAUGUCAUUGUGAAUGCCAGCAGUGUGGAGGACAUAGAUCCUUUAGCCAUCGGUCAGCGCCUUUCCAAUGGCUCCGGGAGACUGGCAAGUCCUGUGUUACAGCGGCUCCAAGUCCGAGAGGAAGGGAUCACCGAUUCCGUGGGAACCAAUUACCAAAAGACAGAUGCAGCUGUAGAAAUGAAACGCCUCAACAGAGAACAAUUUUGGGAGCAAGCAAAGAGAGAGGAGGAGGAAAGGAAGCAAGAAGAGAGACAAAAAGCCCUGGAAGAGAGACUUCGAUUUGAGCAGGAACGUAUGGAGCAAGAGCGCAAAGAGCAAGAAGAGCGUGAAAAACGCUAUCAGGCGCGAGAACAGCAGAUAGAGGAACACAGGAAGAAGAUGCAAGAUGAGGAAGCCGAGGAGUCAAAAAAGAGAGAGAACAAUUCCAUAUUUAACUGCUUGUUUAUACCCUGUCAGGUGGAUCAGCGGGAAGAUGAUGAAAGCGCAGAACAAAAGAGAUUGGAGAGUGAAGUUGAGGAGGCAGCAGCCAUUAUCGCUCAGCGGACAGAGAACCCACGUGAAUUCUUCAAGCAGCAGGAAAGAGCCAGAUCAGAGUGCAGUACCUCUUUGCUAACACCUCGUACAGCAAUGAGAAGUUCCUCUGAGACUGGGGCUCCUCAUUCUCCUGAUAAGGAGCGUCGUAGUAGUUUGGGUGAAGAAUGGAACAAGAACUUGAGCGCAGAAAGUCCUGUGCAGGAUGGUGCAUGGAAUCCCCAAGGGCUGACAGAAGAUGUGUUUAUGGAAUCCCGUGAGGAGGAUGCAGGGUUCCCAGCUGCCCCUCAGUUGACUGGGAAUGAGGAGGAAUCUGUUAUGGAGCUGGGAGAAGUGGACCUCAUGUCAGAUCCACAUCCUCCUCCCACACAAGAGUCAUCAAACCUACUGGAUCUGUGGCAGAAUGAUGAACGACAGGAGGCACCCAGGGUAGAUGAAAGUGUAAUGGCUUCUCAUGGUGAUGUUCGUGCAGAGCAAAAGGUAUUUGAAGAAGCAGAGGCCUCUGUCCCUGUCCCAGAAGAUAACCUUUUGAACUUUGAGGAGCUACCUCAACCACCCCCCACAUUCUGUGACUUGGAAGCUGAAGAAGAUCCUCAGAGCAUUAUCCACAUCGAGGGCCCACAUCAGAUGACUCUGAGCUACCAGCAUGCAUUACAGGAAGCUUCUUGUCAUCAGCCAGAUCUCGCAGACUCUCUUCUGACCAAUGGGGAGACGUCACAAAGAGAAGGAACCCAGGCAAGCGAAGGAUAUUUCAGCCAAUCACAGGAUGAGGAUUUUGCUCAGUCAGAAGAAACAUCUGCAAAAGCCCCGCCCCCUGUCUUCUACAACAAGCCUCCAGAGAUUGACAUUACUUGUUGGGACUCUGAUCCUGUGAUGGAAGAGGAAGAUGAUGAUGAAGGAGGAGCUGGCUUUGGCGAAAGUGCUUAAAAAAAACCUGUAUAAUAGCCACUUAACACAUGUGUACAGGACAGGUGGCAGAAUCAAAUAUGUGACACAGCCGUGUAACAGCGAAGUAUUGUAGUAUUGGCUGAGGCUUCUGCCCCUGCCAGAGCUGUGUUAGUAAGACCCUGUCUUCUCCCCUCACCGUUCCAUCACCUUAAAUUAGGGUGGGGGCUGGAGACGGGAAGCUUCUUACUUCCCUGCCUUCCAGUUUAAUGUAAUGGGCUAGACCCAGUUUCGCUGACCUCUCCCUCUCUCUGCUUUCUGUUUGGAAUACUCUAAAUGCCAUUCUCCUCUAGGCUGAGCUGAAAUCAUGAAUCAGUGCGUAGAGCGUUACCCAAGCGCCUGGUUUGGAUUAGUGUUAUUAGCUGGCUUUAUUUCAUUAUUCUAUUUUCCCCUCUGUUUUAACUUUCCCCACAGGCCCAUGCCUGAUAGCCUUUUGCGCUCAGAUUGAGGGAUGCAGAGAGGUUUUCUUGUAGUUUUUAUCUUUGUAACCUGUCCUUGCAGCUUUUGUUUGUUUUUGUUUUGAUGAUACAAAUUAUAAACUUUAUGGCAAUAAUUACCCCAUAUACCCCUGAGCAAAGCCAUGGGGAGGGGGAAUACAUUCUCCACUGUAGCACUCUUUCCCCCCCACAGUAUUAAUUUGCUCUACGCUAAUAUUUAUUCCCUGGAUGUGGGGGUGACAUGCCUUGUACUUGGAUCACAAGCUCCUGCUGGUAGGUAUGAGAGGGGGAGGGGGUGAUAGGUAAGUUAUGUACAUACAGGUUUCUUCUGUUUCACACUCAAGUGGCUACUUGCACCCCCUCCCCCGUUUCUUACCUGCCACAAAAGCUUCUUUUUUUUUUUUUUUUUUUCUUUUUUUUUUUUUUCCUUUCAUGUUAAGUACUGUUCUUAAAGCACAACACUGUACAGACCGUGCUCGUGUUUAAAAUAAAGGAGACUGGAUCCAACCAAGAA